CAUUUUACUAUCUCCAAACCACUGCUUCUUACCAUACAUUCAUUGCCACUGAAAUAUAUUCUUCUACUAUAUAUCCACUACUUCAAAACCAUACUCAAAUUAAACAAAUACACCUCUUUUUCUCUUUCUGUGUUUCUCAUAUACAUAUUAGCUUCUGAGAUGGCUGAGGGCAAAGCAGUUGAAGUAGCAGCUCAGAAAUCUCUUCAGGAUUUUGAUUCUCUAAAGAGGCCAAAGAGGAACAAAUUUGCUUUCGCUUGUGCCAUAUUGGCUUCUAUGACCUCCAUUUUACUUGGUUACGAUAUUGGGGUGAUGAGUGGAGCGAUAAUAUAUAUAAAAAGAGACCUGAAUGUGUCGGACGUGCAAAUCGAAAUCCUGGUGGGAAUCAUCAACCUUUACUCUCUCAUAGGUUCGUGCCUCGCCGGCAAAACCUCCGAUUGGAUUGGCCGCCGUUACACGAUUGUCCUCGCCGGAAGCAUCUUCUUCACCGGAGCCAUCCUCAUGGGGUUCUCCCCGAACUAUCCCUUCCUCAUGUUCGCACGCUUCAUCGCCGGCAUCGGCAUUGGUUAUGCCCUCAUGAUUGCCCCUGUCUACACCGCCGAAGUCUCCCCCGCUUCUUCUCGCGGCUUCCUCACCUCCUUCCCAGAGGUAUUCAUCAAUGGAGGGAUUUUACUAGGAUACAUAUCAAACUAUGGAUUUUCGAAGCUGCCACUACGGCUGGGGUGGAGAUUGAUGCUGGGAAUUGGGGCGGUUCCGUCGGUGAUCUUGGCGGUGGGAGUGUUAGCGAUGCCAGAGUCGCCACGUUGGCUUGUGAUGAGGGGUAGGCUCGGGGAAGCGACAAAAGUUCUGAUAAAAACCUCAGACUCAAUCGAAGAGGCUCAGCUGAGGCUAGCCGAUAUAAAAGCCGCGGCUGGGAUCCCCGAGAGUUGCAACGACGACGUCGUUCAACUAACGAAACGAAGCCAAGGUGAGGGUGUAUGGAAAGAGUUCUUUCUUUAUCCUACACCCGCGGUGCGUCACAUCCUAAUAGCCGCUCUCGGGAUUCACUUCUUUCAGCAAGCGUCGGGAAUAGACGCCGUCGUUUUGUAUAGCCCAGAAAUCUUCAAAAAGGCUGGGCUGGAAUCCGAUACGGAGCAGCUCCUUGCAACCGUGGCAGUUGGAUUCUCCAAAACCAUUUUCAUCUUAGUGGCUACGUUUUUGUUGGAUCGGGUCGGGCGUCGCCCGUUAUUAUUGAGCAGCGUUGGCGGCAUGGUGCUUUCGCUUCUCACGCUCGGCGUCAGCCUAACCGUCAUCGAUCACUCACGCGCCGUGCCCAAGUGGGCCGUUGGAUUGAGCAUAGCAACUGUUUUGUCCUACGUGGCAACGUUUUCCGUUGGAGCGGGUCCCAUCACGUGGGUUUAUAGCUCGGAGAUCUUCCCGUUGAGGCUACGCGCCCAGGGUGCGUCCAUGGGGGUUGUGGUGAAUAGGGUGACUAGUGGGGUCAUCUCGAUGACCUUCUUGUCCCUCUCUAAUAAAAUAAGCAUUGGUGGGGCCUUCUUUCUCUUCUGUGGAAUUGCAACUUGUGGAUGGAUCUUCUUCUACACUGUUCUCCCCGAAACACAGGGUAAGACCCUUGAGGAAAUGGAAGGCUCUUUUGGUAACUUCCGACCCAAAUCCAUUCCCAAGGCUAAGGACAGUGUCAAUGGCGAAAUCCAAUUAGCCAAUUAGGGGGCUAUAAUCGUGCUUAAUUACUUUUGAGCCAAUGUAAUAGUGAGCAAUUGUGUACGUGUUUAUAUUAUAUUAGCUUUACAAGUCUAGCAUGAGAAGCAAAAUUAUGUAUCACUUUUUUUAUCAAUGAGGAGGAGAGAAUUCAAAGUGUGGAAAUCAGUUGGAAAAGAACGCUUUUAAAAUGUUGUUAGGGUAACCUUUCCCAUGGAUUUGAUCAUUUGAUGGAACUUUAUUACCUAUUAACCUACUCCCGU